AUGGAUACCUCGACGGCCUCUCACGUUCCUGAGGAGGCUCCUGUAGCCAAAUUGCAGCUCAAUGCCAAGCGGAAAUGUGCCCUAGUAGUAGGGUUCAAUGGUACCAAGUACCGAGGCUUACAGAUGAAUGCUGAUAACUGUGAUCGUAUAGACUAUGUCGAGUCAGACCUACUAGGGGCUAUGAAGAGGGCUGGUGUGGUGAAGCCUGAUGUCGUACGUUUAGAUGAGAUUCAGUGGACGAGGAGUAGUCGGACAGAUGCUGGUGUCUCGGCAGCGCGUAUCGUGGUAAGUGCUAAAAUACUAGUUCAUGAGGCACCUGAGGUGAAAGGCAAUCGUCAGGCUGAUAGGGUGAAUAGAACGUAUCCAGAGGUGGUGGAGGCUAUCAAUAAGGAGCUACCUAGAGAGAUCAAGGUCUUCAACUGCAUGAAGAUAUGUGCUAGCUUCAAUGCUCAGAAGUCAUGUAACUGGCGGCACUACUCUUACUACAUGCCUAUGUCCCUAGCUGGUGAUGUUGAUAAGCUACAGGAGGCAUUGGGGAAAUUCACCAAUGCCCACAACUAUCACAACUUCACCAACCUCAGUGUUAGGGAGAUACGGAGGGCCAAAGAGAGGAAGGCUAAGAAGGCAGCAGCUAAGAAGGAUAAGGACUGGCGUGAGCAUCAUGGAGACGAAGGGUCUAAGAAGGUAUCUGAACCAACUAAGGAGAAGGAGGAGGAAGCGGCAAAUAACAAGAAGUCGGAUGAACCGAGUGUAACUCUGGCAUCUGUCACCACCCCAGUCGCCGAGGAGCCUUCGAAGACAACUGAUGAGGGACAGCCCCCAGCGAAGAAGCCUCGGCUAACAGUAGAGAAUAGUGUCGAAGAUAAGCAGGUCGAGACUAGCAUGGCCACCACCAAGGAGGAAGCUAGCACACCUAGUAUGACACCUGAGGAUGAUGGGGAAGAUAUGUCCUCAUCCAUGCCGGCCGUUGGUGGCACCUAUCUACCAUUCAGCGGUGGGCUAUCGGCUCCUAUCAUCGGCCUUGGUUCUUUGCUACCUCGUAUACAAGUCCUGCUGGACCAAUGCAACAGUGCUAUUCAUAGUUUUACAGCCACGCCUAUUGAGAUGGGGAAUGGAGAGAAAUGGGUUAGAGUAGAUGUCCGCGGACAGUUUUUCCUGUAUAAUCAGAUAAGGUUGAUGAUAGGCGCCGGUAUAGCCUAUGCAAGAGGCGUAUUCCCGAGCAUAUCAUGUAUCCAGUUCGCCAUAGACACCAACUACAAGUUCCACUCCCCUCUAGCCCCUGCAUGUGGCCUUAUACUACACACAAGCGGCUUCACAGGCAUGGACACUAGAGCUGGAUACGCUAUCAUGGAGCAUGGUCAUCAUCAUAGUGCUAUUGGCGAGUCGAAGCCACCCAAGAGUGCUGUGUACGAGUUCCUCUCAGCUGAGCAACAACAGGAGGCCGACGACUUUCUCAAAUCGGAAAUCCUCCCAGAAGUCAGGCGACUAUGGUUGGACUCAGACGUUGAGAAGGAGUUCGAGGACGAGUGGCUGAAUAAUGCGGCACCGAUUACUACAGAUGACGUGGCCCUCAUGGAGAGAGCCUUGGAGGAGGUACAUGAAGUUGCAAAUAGCAAUAAUACGUCGAAGCAUGUUGAGGCUAGAGAGAGGAAGAUACAGUCAGUUAAGGAGACGAUAGAGAAACAGGAAGAGGAUCUAGCAAAGGACGAGAAGCGGCAGAGGAGAGGUCUCGGGCUCAAGCUUCCUGAGGCUACUAAGAGACAGAAGCUUCUUAUUGCGGUACUACCUAACAGAACAGCCAGUGACAUACUCUGCACUUUCCCAGAGGAGAUACUACCAGGGCCCAGGCUGUACAACAUAACCCUCCGCCUAGCAUGGGCCAUCGUCUUUGGGGAGUACGGCCUAUCUGCGUCGUCGGGGUUGAAUGAUAUCAUGAAAGUGGUAGCUAAGCAAGGUAUCAGUAAGCUCGAACAUGAAGGGAAGGACAUCAACAUAAUGGCCGGCUACAAUAAAGGAAACAAGAAGCAGGACGAACCGAUACCUGACGAUGCAAUAGCGGCCGAGGACCUAGUGCAGACCAAGUGCACCCAACAAGAUGAGACCCCACAAGGGACAGUGCCUGUAUAG